AUGGCAAAAUCAAAGGAAGAUGACGAAGUGACCGGGCUUCUAGCCAAAUUGUACACCAUCCAAGAGGAUAUUGGAGCCAAGCCCAAGACAUCCGAUGAGGAAAAAAUUGCCAAAGCAUCGAAUGUUGCCAAGAUGGGAAGCGGAAAGAAGGCAGAAAAGAAGGGAUCUCAAUUUUUGGAAUUGAAAUCUAGUAUUGUCGACCGUCUAAAAACGGGGCAUCAAUUAUUAAAGGAUUGCAAGGAUCUGGAAAACUCGGGAUACGGUGGUGACAAUGCCAAGGACAUCAUUAAGAUGCAAGCCGAAGUCCGCGAGAACAUUCGCCAAGCUACGGAUGAAUGGAAGCAAUUAGAAAAGCUUUACAAAAAGGAGGCCCGAAAGAAAAAGAGUAAAUUCACUCCUGAAGAAUUGGAAGUUCAAUCCGAGCUUGUCAAGAGAUUGUAUGCCAAGAUUGAAGAGGUCAAGAACAUUCAAACCAAAGGGUACUCCAAAAGUGGCGGCCGCGAUGCUGCAGCUGCUGCUUUGAACACAAAGGCGCUCUCCUAUGGUGAUUCUGGUAAGAAAUCCAACGGACCAUCCUGGGGCGGGGCCGGUGGAGGAGGCGUCGCCUUGUCUGGCGACCAACAACAAACGAUCCAAGAAAUUGAGCAGCGUGAUGCUGACUUUGACCUUCAGCUCGAUGAAAUUGGAGAAGGUAUUCAAGAUCUUGCUGAAAUUGCGGCUGCUCAAGGAGAAGAAGUUGCUCUGCAAAGUCAAAUGUUGGACAAGGUUGACAAGAAGAUUGACAAAAAUCUAGCGAAUAUGGAAAAAGUAAAUGGUCGCAUGAAGGAGACACUGGAAGAAGUUGCAAGAUCCAGUGACAAGAUGAUGGUGGAUAUCAUGUGUAUUGUCUUGAUGAUUGGUUUUGGAGCAGUCAUUUAUAAAUUUGUCGCGUAA